AUGUCGUUCUCCUCGGCCGCAUCCUUUGCCACAUUUGGUGCCCCGAGCAGCCCGGCCACUUCGUCGCUCUGGGAGCGUCGCCGGGCUAGCAAGCAGGGAGCCACCCUCGUGGAGCACGCCCCGCUCGCCUCGGUGCAUGCAUCGAGCUGCUCGAUCCCAGCGCCGCGCUCGGCAUCCACCCUCGGCGCCAUCGGCUCGCGCCGCACCAGCGCCGAGACGCCGCGUUCCGAAGUCGACAUCAACGUCCUCUCGCUUGUCCUCGAGAUGCCUCUCUUGCAGCUCGACCGCGCCUCGAACGGUCCCCUCUCGUGCCCGCCUACGACGACCACCUUUCGCCAAGCCGCUUCCUCGGCAUCGCCGCUACCACCUUCGCCCCUCUCUCGCACCACGAUGGCGGCUUCCGGCGGCGAAGAGCAGCCAAUCAUGCGGCCCUUUGACAGCGCCGAGGCGCUGCAUCAUCUCCAGGGCACCGACCGCACCUUGGCCUGCGAGAUCAACACGGCCCGAACCGCAGUGACCUCGGCCCUGUCGAUCUUCUCCUGCCUCGACGAUGGCGACGACGAGAACGAGGCUGACGACGAUGAAGGCCAUCUUCGCGCUGUAGGCCAGCAUUGCCACGCUGCCGACGCUCGGCGGUUGCCCGGUCUGCCAAGCCGGCUGAUCCUUCCUGGCCGCCAUGACCAAAAUGCCUGCGCUGGCAGCCCGCCGAGCCCGACGAGCCCCCUCUCUCCCGCCGACUCGACCUUUGGCACCGACUCGGAGGCGGCCGGUGCUAUUGGUGCCGACGGCAAGAAGAAGGGCCGCGCCAGGAUGAGCCAGGAGAAGCGCAAGAGGCUUGCCCGCCGGCGGGAACGCGAGGCGCUGGUGCGCGCCAGCAUGGGUGGCGGCCUCGAUUCGCUGCCCUACUCUCCCACGUCGCCCUCGACGCCGACGUCGAUGCUUCCGUCCGACUUUGCCGCCUACGGCUUGUCCUCGGCGGCGCCUGCCACCAUCGGCGGCGUUGCCAUGAGCGGGGGCGAUGGAUGGGGUCGCAGGUCGCUGGAUUCGCUCGCGAGCCGGCCGGCGUCGGACUGCUGGGCCGCGUACACCCCGUCGCCCGUAAGCAGCGCCGCCAAGUCCAUCCGCCACCACCAACAACAGCAGCCGCAGGUGCAGCAGCAUCAGCACUUCCACCAGCAUCAGCAGCAAUACCCGCAGUACCCGGCGCCCACUCGCUCGAGGCCGUUGUCGCUCGUGCGCACCUCGUCGGCAUCGUCUGCGGCGGUGUCGUCGUCGUGGGACGUGUUCCAACCCGCCUCUCCCUCCUCGCCUUCGCCCCUCGGCGGCGGCUGGUCGGGCUACGUCGACCUCCCUUCGCCGUCGCAUUCGGGCUUCGCUGCGAGCUAUGCGCACCAAGCAUCGUCGUCGUCGCCCUCUUCAUCGGCGUCUUCGGCGUGCAGCUCUGCGUUGACGACGCCGCAGACGUCUCCGACCAAGUACGAUGGGCCGACGGUCGUGGCACCCGCUUCGGCGUCGUCGGAGCUCGACGUCAUGUAUGGCUGGGCGCAGGCGCAGACGCGGCUCGACACGUACGCCAAGAGCAGCAACGCCACGCUGCGCCCGCCUCGGCUGGUCGUAGAGCCUCCGAGCCCGCAGCGCGGUGGCCUCAAGGAUGAUUGCGACGCGUCCUGGACGAGGGCCAGCGGGCGCGGCGUCUUUGACUGUAACAACAGCAGCGGCUUCAGCAGUGGCGGCGUGCCCAACCGACUGGUUUUGUAG